AUGGCGGUUGACCUAUCAGAGGGGCUAAGGGCACAGACGGCGGAGAACCGAAUUGCGCGAGUCAAGGGGGUAUAUUCUGCUAUCGUUCUCGGGACGUUCAGUCUUUGCGUCGUAUCGAAACAGCGGCAGAAAAAGCGGGCAGAUGACGAGUCUCCUAGGCAGAAGUUUGGUGUGCUGAUGAUGACCCAUAUGAGAGAUGUUCGCUUCGAGGGAGCUCCAGAAAGCUCUCCGACUGGACCGAGUGGGCCCCAUUGGUCAAUUGGAUGUGGCUCGGCGACCUGA